AUGGCACCUGCGGACCUACCGUCUCCUGCACCGACAUCACCGUUCUCGCUGCCCGUGAUUCGGUCGUCGUGUAUUCUCAUUUGCAGUCUGGUGGAGUCCUACGAUCUGCUGCUCGGCCGCCUGGACAGCUUAUUGCCCAAUCGGUGGCAAGAGGUUUACGGCCAGCUCCCGCGUCCCACCGGAAGUGUUGACCAGCUCGUUGCCCACUUCGCUAGUAGGCUUGAUCUCACCGAACUCGAUCUUGUGGCGCUCUCCGGCGCGCACACCAUCGGCAAGGCUCAGUGCAGUGCCUUCUCCGACCGGUUCGGUCCUCGAGAAGACGGCGAGUUUGUACAGAGGCUCGCCGCGAACUGCUCCAGCGACGGAGAGCGGCUGCAGGACCUUGACAUAGAGACCCCGAGAGCAUUCGACAAUGCCUACUACCGAAACCUGGUGGCCGGGAAGGGGGUGCUCAACUCCGACAAGACGCUCAUGAAUGACCCGCGUACAAAGGAACUGGUCGAAGGCUUUGCUGCGGACCAGUGGUGGUGGUUCUUCAACCAGUUCGGCACAUCCAUGAAGAAGGUACCAUUGAUGUACCAAGCCGUCUCUGGGAGAUUUGGUGAGAUCCGCCGUUUCGGCUGCUUCAGACGCAACUCUGCCCCUAACCAAGCCUGA